UCCGUUCGCUAUGGCAGCAGCUUGUCCUUCUCUCUCCGCGGAUCACUAUGCCUGCUCGGUGUGUCUGGACGUCCUGAAGAAGCCCGUCACUAUCCCGUGUGGACACAACUACUGCCUGGACUGUAUUAAUGACUACUGGGACCAGUCUGACACCGUGGGGGUCUACUUCUGCCCUCAGUGCAGACGAUCAUUUAACGUGAGGCCAGAGCUCAACAGAAACACCAUAUUGACGGAAAUCAUAGAGAAACUGAAGGCAGCAGGAAGCGAUGUCGCUCCGUCUCAGAGUUACGCCGGACCUGACGAUGUCCCCUGUGAUGUUUGUCCGGGGAGAAAACGGAGAGCCGUGAAGACCUGCCUGACCUGCAUGGCCUCUUACUGCGAAAGUCACCUGCAGUCACACAGAGAGUUUGAAGCUCUGAAGAAACACAAACUGGUGGAGCCGACUGGAAACCUCAAGGAGAAAAUCUGCGAAAAACACCUGAGGGCCUUGGAAGUCUUCUGUCGGACCGACGAGACCUGCGUGUGCUUACUGUGCGUGGCGACCGAGCACAAGAGUCACGACACGGUGACACCUGAGGAGGAGAGAGCGGGGAAACAGUGUCAGCUGGCUAAAAUAAAUGAAAAACUGAGAAGAAGAAUCAAGGAAAAGGAGAAGAGAUUAGUGGAUAUCAAAGAGAGCAUAGUGAAGAUUCAGAGAUCUGCAGAAAAAGAACUGCAGGAACAUGAGGAGACCUUCACAUUUCUGAUCCAAACUAUUGAGACUCUGAGGUCUGUGGUCAUAGAAAAGGUCAGAGAUCAUGAGCGGAGAGAGCUGAGAAAAGCUGAAGAACUCAUAGGGCAGCUGGAGAAGAAGAUCAAGGAGCUGAAGAACAGAGACUGUGAGCUGGCUGAGCUUUCACAGACAGAAGACCACAUCCACUUCCUGCAGAAUUACCCAUCCCUCUGUGUCCCUCUGAGUGAUGGAGUCUCAACUAACAUUACUGUGAAUUCAGAUUUUCUCCCUGAGACUCUGAAGAAAAACCUGUGUGACUUAAAGAGGCAACUGAAGGAGAUGAGUGGAGGGGAGUUUGUGAAGAGCAGUGAGACCAGUGGACUGGGAGUCACAACUCCAAGUUACCUAUUGAUGAACAUGAGCAGAAAUUCUUUUUUACAAUAUGCCUGUCAGAUCACAUUGGACCUGAACACGGUACACAGACGCAUUCAUCUGACAGAACAGGGUACAAGGGUGACGUGUAGUGAGAUAGAGACCCCGUAUCCUGAUCAUCCUGAUAGAUUUAAUUGGUGCACUCAAGUCCUGUGCAGAGAGGCCCUGAGCGGCAGCCGCUACUACUGGGAGAUCGAGUGGAGUGGAGAUGGGGUGGCAAUUGGGGUGACAUAUAAAGGAAUCAAGAGGAAAGGAAAGAGUGACGAAUGUUGCAUUGGAAGCAAUGACAUAUCCUGGCGUUUGCUCUGUUUUGCCCCCAACUGGGUCAAGGAAGGUCCCCCGCCCUAUAGAGUCGGCGUGUUCCUGGACUGUCCUGCUGGCACUGUGUCAUUUUACAAAGUGACAGACACAAUGACCCUCCUACUCAAGCACAGAGCCUCCUUCAAAGAGCCCCUCUAUCCAGGGUUUCGCAUUAAGCUUAACUCCAAUAUGAAAAUCUGCCCUCUGAACCCCUCUGGUCUGUAACUGGUAUCCCUACAGAUGACCUCUGAACUUUCACUGGAAACAAAAGAGAAUACGUGUGUAGAAGAUGACACCUGAUUGAAUUAAUCUGGAGAAGAGACAACAUAAGACAUGUCCACACUACUACAUCUUCUUUUAAAAACAGAAUUUUUAAAGGCAAAUGAUCUCCAUCCAAUCUAGCAGUUUCACAUCUUUUCGAACAUCUUCACCAACACUGAAACAACUGGAAAUGAAUGUGGUGUAACUGCUCACCCACAUGGGGCAUUCACACAAUGGUGGAAACAGACAGAAGAGGAGUCGUCGUUAAAGGGAUGGUAACACCGUCGGCCACGGGAUUUGUAAUGACUGGUAAAUUAUUUGACAUCUGUAAUGUAGGAAACGUUCAGACUGAACAAAAGGCAAUUUAGACGCAUUCGAAUAAGCAACACGACAAGCAUCAUGGAAAGCAGCUCCACUGUGGCUGCUGUGUUUUCAACUGUGAAGGAUGACCAAUCAGGGAACCAGCAUUUUCAGAACAUAUCAGACGCUGGUGAGAGUUUUUAAGAGUCUCCAUUUUCAGCGGUUAAAAUUGUUGGAGUAAUAUGGAUGAAAUGUGAAACUAAUGUCUACGUUUUUACACAAAAUCAUGGACAUACAGUAGGCAUAGUGUGAGCUGCUCUUCAGGCCACCAUUAUCAUUCUGACUUUAUAUUUCAAUCAAGUCUGUGAAUUUCCAUUCAAAUGAUGGAGGCGGGCAGGUCUAGUGAGAGCAAAAUGAAAUACUUUGUAUAACGUAUUAGUAUAACUUUGCAAAAAAAAAAUCCUGAAUUAAAUUGUAUUUUAGUUCCAGCGAAAUAUCUGCUAUUCACACAAAAAGAAAGGUGUAUGAUUCCUUUUCAAAAGCAUUUUCAGGCAUUAAUUCCACAUGAAUUGCCUGUCAUUAAGAAUUUAAAUUAAUUUCACUGAUGGAGAAAAAAAAAACACUUAAAGCUCAACUUGGCUAAGUAAUGGCAGAAGGGCGCCAGAGUUGGAGACGUUUGACACCAGUGGAUUUUUGUGUGGUACGUUUACUUGUGGAGAAAAAAAGUAAAGUGCACAUUGGGCUGUUUUAAUGGGUCUUCAUAUGGAAAAUACGCAUCUCGUCACAUUUUCAGAAAAACGUACUGCAGUCCUCCACGGUGAAGCGAAUGAAAGUUUAGUUACACAUCUCCAGAAAAAGCGGGAGUGUGAAUGAGACUUUUGGAAGAAAUAUUCCUUGUCCCCCAACCUCCCACAAAAACAGCUGUUAAAAAAUCCAUUAGAAAGUUUCAUAUUUUGCAAUUGUGAAACAAAUUUUCGUGCAGGUUUCUUGAAACUGAAUGUGCGUUUUAAUAUGUUAACAUGGUCACAGUUGAGAAAAAGCCACAUUGUUACGCUUCAGACAAGGUUCUUCCCUCGAUUUAUGUUUUUUUGUUCAUAUUUUGUUGUUUAAAUAUUGUCAUUUAUGGUUAUUAUUUAUAAUGUAAUUGUGGCAGUUUUAAUUACUAUCUACUUUCUAUGUAUGAGAUUUUGUUCUGCUCGUUCCUUGUCACUUGUGGGUGUUUCCUCAAGAGGCGUGGCCACCUGUCAAUCUCUGUUCACAGUACAGUAAAGGCUGAUGGGAAAUGCAGUCCAUUGUGUGCCCUUGGUGUUAAUGAAUUCUCCGUCUGUAUUGUUAUUCAUAGGAUUUUCUGACAUUUUUUGGUUCUGUUUAAGAGUUUUGACUUUUGAUUACCAUAUUGGAUCCUGGAAACUUUGGAUUUCCUUUUUGGGCAACUUCUCAUACCUCUUUUUUAU